AAGGCUCACUGAGGUCAAGGUCUUGAUCGCCUCCUUUACUGGUAUCAUGAGAUCGAAAACAAUGUACUGUUGUUCACAUCAGUAGCAGCUACUGAAUCACUACCUCUCAUUCCAAUGUACUUAACAUACUUGCUCUGCCCCCUCUCCCCCUUGCCCCCAAUCUCUUUUCCACCAGGAGGAAGUAUCAUGAAUGACCUUUAACACCUAUUCACAAUCUUUGUUCCUGGAACAAUUACCCAUGUUUGCUGGCCACAACUUACAGGAAUAGUGAUUCCAAACAUCUUGAGUUCUUAGCCAAUGGUGAUCUCUCCGCACGUGAGGGACAGUUUUGUUUUGGCUGGCACGUUGAAAUGGUGCAUACUUGCUUUUAAAGGCAUCUAUACACCAAAGACAUAAAACCUUGGGGAAGUGUGUGUAGUUUAUGUUAGGCUGGGACCAGUAUAGUGACUUCAUGGGGGGAGAGCAUUGAAGGACCCACAUCCGUGACAUGAGGACAGACCUCCUCCAUCUGCCCUCAAAAGCGAUUCGCAAAGAAGCUGAGCCCUAAGAGGUGUGUGGAGUCACAUACAAACCUGCACCAAAAAACCCAAAACCCUUUAGGUUAUGUUGCAUGAUGAGUCAUUGCUUUAUUGCUUUGAUGUAGCAGAGUUCAAAAGUGUACAUGACCAUAUCCUGAAGAGAGAUUUCACCAGACCUGGGGCUGUUAGCUCAGCAAGCCCUCAUUGUGAAAUCCAGAGCAGACCUACCAACUUUACACACGUGCUGCCUAGCUAGAUCUUUCUGUUUUUGGGCUGAUCGAAUGUCAGCUUGUCUGCAUGUUGUCAAUUGACUUGUCUGCAUGAGAAGUAGGACUCCUCAGAAUGAAUCUGAGUAUAGAAAAAAUGUAAUUAAUAUGCCAAUCAGCACCUUCCAAAUUUUAUUUUAUAAAAGUCGAGGGUAACUCCUCGAAAAGGUUGUGAAUUGAACACAUUGAACAAUUCUCCUUCCAACUUUGCUUUAAUGUUUAGGUCGUCUUUUUUAUCUGAAUGUAGCUAGUUGAAUACUAGCUACAAAGCUAUUAAGUAUGAAGAAAGUAAUUUAUUAACUGCUGUAAAAUGAUCGCACCUUGCAAAGUACAGGCCCAUGAGGUCAUAAUUCAGUGUUUAUUUUGUGUAUUUACUGUGGCUGGGUCUGAAUGUAAGGUACACUGAUCCACUGUGUUACCUGAUUUGAACUAGUUAGGUGUUCACAUGAAACACUAAACAACUGCUGUACUGAAACAUUAAAGAUUAGCUGAGGACAGAGAAGUAAACCUUUUUGUUUAAAAAAGUUGAUAUUAAAGAUAAAUAAUAAUGUGUAAUGUUAUUCAGAAUGGGGUAGAAUGUUGAGAGAUGACAUUAAUGACUCAUAAACGUUUGUGCAUUUUCAUAAUGGGGCUUUAAAAAUAAUUUUAAAAAUAAUUUUUUAUUAUGAAAUAAUUACAAUGAAAUCAUAUAAUCACAUAAUUUGUAAAUCAUUGACAUGGCAGACUAUGACAAUAUUGGUUUAAAUAAAAUUAAUUUGAAGUUUAGUAUUCCAUCAUGGCUCCCGCGCCCUCCAGACAGCCAGGCAUUAAAAUGUCGGCAAACGUCGUCGCCAUUCUGAUGGCAGCUAAGCCACAGCACUAGCGUGCUCCACGACCCCUGCCAAGCGUGUAGCCAGCCAGGGAGUGCGUUUCCCCAGCGGAGACCGUUUCCCUGGUUGGACCCCCCAUUGCGGCCUCGACGUUAACCGCGACCAGGAGCAAUGAAAAGAACAAUGAAGGAGAGCCCUGGAAAGCAGUGUGCCGUAAUUAAAUUUUCAGCGUGUGCUUUGUGGGGAUGCUGCGAUAGGACAGGACUAGAUCAAACACAGUCUGUUUGUCUUGCUACCUGAGAGCUCCCUGCUGCUGGCCAGGCCCCUGCUCUUCUCUGAUUGGAGUGAAAUUUGAGCUUUGCGAUUAAUUACCACCUACCUCAGGGAGACCCAGGCUCUAAGGCGGAGGCUUAUCGUUCAAGUGACUGUCAGCCUCUCUUUCGCCCAGAGAACGGGCGCUGCAGCCGCGGCCGGUGCGCCUGUUACACAGCGCUGAGGGAGGCUUCCUGCAGAAUGCUGCUCGUGAUAUGGAUCUGAUUGACAUCCUGUGGAGGCAGGACAUAGACCUGGGCGCGGGGAGGGAGGUCUUUGACUACAGCCACCGGCAGAAGGAGCAGGAGUUUCAGCGGCAGCGCGAGCUGGAGGAGGAGAAAAGGCAACAGUUGCUAAGGGAGCAAGAGAAGGCUCUGCUGGCUCAGCUGCAGCUCGACGAGGAGACCGGGGAGUUCGUGCCCCGCCCGGUGACGAGCGCAGAGCCGCAAACCUCCGCCACGCCCCCCGAGGUCACACAGAACGCUCUCUUCACGGAAGAAGAUGGGAACGCGCUCUCGUUUGACGAAUGCAUGCAGUUGCUGGCGGAAACCUUCCCACUCGUAGAGGCGAUUGAGACCGCGUCUCCAUCUGUAGACCCCUCCGUCCCGCCCCCCGCCGGCAGCGUCCCGGCUAUGAUGGCCCCCCAUCAGCCGGCGCUCCCCGUCGCCGUGGAGAAGGCCCCGCAGGACCUGGAGCAGGCUUGGAUGGAGCUUCUGUCCAUUCCUGAGCUGCAGCAGUGUCUGAAUAUGCCAAUGGCGGAUGUGCUGGAGCCCAGCUUUGGCGCUGUAAGUGCUCCCACUGUGCUGCAAGAUCCAAACUACAACUUCUACAUGCCGGCCCUCACUGACAUGGUGGCCCCCACUGCAGACCCGGUCUGCCCCUCAGGCUAUCUGGGCACCUUCGAAGAGAACCUCUCCAGCACCAUCCCCCCGGACAACCUCAAUCAGAUGACUCUGAAACCCUUGGACCUAAACGCCAGCUUUAACUCAGACAGCUUCUGCGACAUGUUUUACCCAGGACUCAUGAACACAAAAGUGGAUGGCAAUGCCCCGCCAGCCAGCAGUGGAAGCACAGAUCUCCCAUUGGCCGAGCUACACAACACAACCCUGCCAAUGGACAUUCCCAAGUUUGCCCUGGGGGAUGAGUUUGAGAGCAGGAAGCCUGAGGCUACGGCCGAGUUUCCGGAUUCGGAUUCGGGCCUGUCGUUGGACGCGAGCCCCAACGCCAGCUCUCCUGAAAAGUCCAUUUCGGGAGACGGCUCCUUUGGGUACAGCGACUCGGAGAUGGAGGAGAUGGACAGCAACCCCGGCAGCGUGGACGCGGAGUCCGACUUCGCCGAGAUGUUCUCGCCGUCCUUCCUCGGUGACGGCAGUCAAGCAUCCUCUUCGGGUGCCGCCCAGCCUCGGGAAACGAAGGUCAAGCACCCGAAGACAGAGCCGGCGGAGGGCGGCGGCCACGGCAAGCCCCCCUUCACCAAGGACAAGCACAAGAAGCGCGCCGAGUCCCGCCUCUCGCGAGACGAGCAGCGGGCCAAGGCCCUCCAGAUCCCCUUCACCGUCGACAUGAUCAUCAACCUCCCCGUGGACGACUUCAACGAGAUGAUGUCCAAGCAGCAGCUGAACGAGGCCCAGCUGGCCCUGGUGCGCGACAUCCGCCGGCGCGGCAAGAACAAGGUGGCCGCCCAGAACUGCCGCAAGCGCAAGAUGGAGAACAUCGUGGGCCUGGAGUACGAGCUGGACUCGCUGAAGGAGGAGAGGGAGCGGCUGCUGAAGGAGAGGACGGAGACCGGGAGCAACCUGCGGGAGAUGAAGCAGCAGCUCAGCAGCCUGUACCUGGAGGUGUUCGGCCUUCUGCGCGACGAGGACGGCAAGCCCUACUCCCCCAGCGAGUACUCCCUCCAGCAGACCUCCGACGGCACCGUCUUCCUCGUCCCCCGCGUGAAAAAGACACUGAUCAAGAGCGAUGGCAACUAGCACUUCUCCGCUUAACUUUAUUUUGUACCGCGUUACCAUUAAAAAAAAAAAGUUCUAUGCAAACAAACAAAAAAAAAUCCUUUGUAGCAGGAAGAUUGCUUCAGCAUUAGUCUAACAGCAGAACUAUCAUAUAGUUUUUGCAAACUCUACUUUAGUAUUCCAAUGUCUUAAUAUUUUUAAUAUUUUAGACUGUGUUCUUUUGUACUGCUAUAUAUUUUUCCCAAGAUUCCUUUCAGGAUAUGGUUUGUAAAUACAUUUCUACCUUAUUUGCUAUUGAAAUAUGAAAAUUGACUGUAUAUACCACAUUUUUAGUGUGCUAAUAGUUUUUGUUGCAAAUCACUGUGUUAUUUCAAAAGUCUGUUUUAUAAUUGAUUUAUGUUAUGAUUUAAUGGUCAGUUUCUGUUUUGAUUUCCCUCUUGUGCUUUAUAUAAAAAUAAAGUGUUCAUGUAGCCCUAA